AAUCAGCAGCAGCAGCAAACUGGAAAAAAGGAAGCUCUUUUUUCGGAGGAAAGAAAAACCGGCUUUCUUCUCUCCUCUUUAAACAGAUUGUAUUAGUUGUAGUAUCCUGUAAAGUGGUGAAUCUCUGUCGCUUUUUUUGAGGAGCAAAAUAUUUUGUCUCAAAUCCCCCGUACACUAAAACUUAGCUAACACAGAAAAGAGGAACACAUACACACACACAAAUACACAUACAAAAGCCAAGAAAAAAAAAACACACAAAAGACUCAGCCACAGCCGUCAACAAAAGAACCUAAGGAUUAUUAUUUUUACAACUCCUGCUGAGAGAUAUUCUACUAUCGACUCCAGUCGAACUUGGAGUUCACCCUCACACACAACACUCUACUCUCUCCCUUUCUUACUUUAGACACACUUCUCCUGCUCAACUAGUUACCGGUUCUAAUACCAGAAACACAUAUAUAUUCCCCCUAUUUAUUUGCAAAUAUAUAUAUAGUGGGAUCAAUAUUUUUCCUUCUUCUUCUUCACGUUUCUUCUGCAUUACUCUCUCUCUCUCUCUCUCUUUAUUUCAGUCUUCUCUUUUAGUUUGUUGCACAAAACAUACAUACAUACAUGUAACAUGUAUGUUGUAACGUUGGACAAACGUAUUCAAUUCUAACCAAAAAAAUUAAGAUUAAACUUGUCUUAUGGUGCUGGGGUGAUAUCUUUUUCCCCUUUUUUUUUUCCUCUCUCUCUUUCUCUCACAAAUCCUCGCCGCCCCCCUCUUCUCCCUUCCAGUCUGUCUUGUUUAUAAAUACAACAUCUUCUCUCUCGUUCACCCCCACCUUCACUAAUGAUGGAUGACGAGGAUAUUCUGCUGGACGAUGAAGAUCCAGACGGAGGAUCGAGUGAAGACAACGACGAUGAUGAACUGGUCGAUCUGGCCAUGGAACCGGAGCCGUCCACCACCCAAGAGAAACAGGACGCCGAGGAAUUCCCUUUCGAAGUGUUCAAGACUACCGAGAUUGUUCAGCUUAUGGUUGAUUGUAUCAAAGAAGUUAAUUCUGUAGUACAGAUACCUGCAACAAUAACAAGAAUUCUUUUGAACCACUUUAAUUGGGAUAAAGAAAGAUUAAUGGAACGGUAUUACGAUGGUGAUCAGGACAGCCUCUUCUCCGAAGCUCAUGUUAUCAAUCCUCACAGAAGGGAGGUGAGGCCUAGGAAAAUUCCCAGGUCAACUUCAUCUCAACCACCGUCAGGUGAAACGUUAUGUGAAAUUUGUUUGAUAUCAAAACCUACUAAUGAUAUGACUGGUCUUGAGUGUGGUCAUCGUUUUUGUAGUCAAUGUUGGAUGGAAUAUCUAACAACGAAAGUGAUGGAUGAAGGUAUGGGACAGACAAUCUCCUGUGCGGCUCAUGGUUGUGAUAUUUUAGUGGACGAUGCCACUGUGAUGUCACUUGUGACUGAUGCUAAAGUGAGAUUAAAAUAUCAACAAAUUAUAACAAAUAGCUUCGUUGAAUGCAAUCGGUUAUUGCGAUGGUGUCCAGCCCCAGAUUGUGGUUAUGCAGUAAAGGUAGCACAUUAUGAUACUAAACCUGUGACGUGUCUUUGUGGACAUACAUUCUGCUUUAAUUGUGGAGAGAAUUGGCAUGAUCCUGUCAAGUGCAAAUGGUUAAGGAAAUGGAUUAAAAAAUGUGAUGAUGAUAGUGAAACUUCAAAUUGGAUUGCUGCUAAUACUAAGGAAUGUCCCAAGUGCCAUGUCACUAUAGAGAAGGAUGGAGGCUGUAAUCACAUGGUAUGCAAAAACCAGAAUUGUAAAGCAGAUUUUUGCUGGGUCUGUUUAGGGCCCUGGGAACCUCAUGGCUCUUCCUGGUACAACUGCAACCGAUUUGAUGAAGAAGAAGCAAAAAAAGCAAGAGAUGCUCAGGAGAAGUCCCGGGCGGCGUUACAGCGUUAUCUAUUUUAUUGCAAUCGAUAUAUGAAUCAUAUGCAGAGUUUAAAGUUUGAACACAAGUUGUAUGCAUUGGUGAAGGUAAAAAUGGAAGAGAUGCAACAGCAUAACAUGUCUUGGAUUGAAGUCCAGUUCCUUAAAAAGGCCGUAGAUGUACUUUGUCAAUGUCGCCAGACACUUAUGUACACUUAUGUUUUUGCAUUCUAUUUAAAGAAGAAUAACCAGUCCAUUAUAUUUGAAGAAAAUCAAAAGGAUCUAGAAAUUGCAACUGAACAGCUCUCUGAAUAUCUAGAACGAGAAAUCACUUCAGACAUGUUAGCAGAUAUUAAACAGAAAGUGCAAGAUAAAUAUAGGUAUUGUGAAAGUCGACGUAAAGUACUUUUAGAUCAUGUCCAUGAAGGCUAUGAAAAAGACCUAUGGGAGUACCAAGAAUGCUAAAUAUAUAUAUGUAUGUACAUAUAUAUGUAUUUAUAUAUAUAUGUAUAUAUGUAUGUGUGUAUAUAUAUAUGUAUAUAUAUAUAUGUAUAUAUUUAUACAGAUAGCAACUUAUCAGAGUACAAAGAAUGCUAAAAUGAUGACCUAUCAGAAUAUUGCUAAAAAAAAAAAUAAAAAACAAAUUUCAAAAAAAAAAAAUUUGGGUUUCUAUUCAUCAUACUGUAAAACAUUUUUUGUAUCCUAAUGUGAAAAUUCCUUUUUUUUUUUUUAAAACUUAUAAAUAAAUAAAUAAAUCAUUAUUGCUUAAACAUGAACAGAAACAACAAUAACAACCAAACCAACCAACACUUUGUCCACUAAAUGUUAUGAAGUUGGAAUGUCAUCCUGAGAGCUGUUAUUUUCAGUUGUGCUUAAGAAAUUCUGAUAAGAAACUUAACUGACCGUUGCAAAAUGUCCCGUAUUCUCUUUGAAUAAGCUGGGACUUUUUUUUUUUUUGAUUUGUUCAAAGAAAUAUACACUAAUAUGUGAAAA